GAAAGUGGCUUCGGUUGGGAAAGUCAAAUGUCCGGGAGGGUGGAAGAAGAUGCCACCAUGCCCGGCGUGCCUCUUGGUCCUGGGGGCGGCGCUGGGGGUCUCCGUGCCGGGGGACUGCUGCGGCUCUCCCUCACACUUCCUGCGUUAUUCCUACCUGCAUUUGUCAGAGCCCAGCCGGUUCUUAGUUUGGGGCAAACUGGACGACCAGCCCAUCAUUCACUUUGACAGCCUCACCGGGAGGGUGGAGACUCUGGUGUGCUGGAUGGAGGAGGUGAAGGAGGGGACCUUUCUGCCUGUUGAGUGGGUCUUCAGGAGCGAUCUGGAGAAUUUGUCAAAUCUCAACAACCUCAAUGAAGAGCUUCAUACCUGGCAGGCAAUUGUGGGCUGUGAGCUCAGGAAAGAUGGGAAGAAUGAUGGAUUUUUCCGCUAUGGCUAUGAUGGGAUGGACUUCCUCAGCUUCAAGAAGGAGACCCCCAGAUGGGUGGCAGAUCAGCGCCAGGCUGAGAAGGUCAAGGAGAAGUGGGAGGAUCAUCCAGAGCGGUCCCAGGAAAAUAAAUUUUACCUGGAGAAGAGCUGCAUCAAGUUGCUGCGGAGGUACCUGUCCUACAAGAAGGAGGCUCUGGAGAAGACAGAAAAUCCUGGGAAUUGUGUUGCUGCUGUUUCUGCAAAGCCCCCAAAAGGGAAGGUGACCCACAAGCUGAUUAAUGACAGCCAGGAGAUCCUCGUCUGCGAGGCCUAUGGCUUCUACCCCACGGAGAUCCAGGUCAACUGGACGAGGGAUGGAGAGAACUGGGAACAAGGAAUCAUCCGUAGGAAUGUGACCCCCAACUCAGAUGGGACCUACUAUGUCUGGAUCGGCAUUAAGAUCAAUCCCGAGGAGAGGAACCGUUCUCAUUGUCACCUGAAGCAUGAAGGCUUGGAGGAGCCCCUGGUAUUGGCUUUCAAGGAGGAAACGGCCCUAUCUAUCAAUCAAGAUUUGUGGAUUUCUGUGGGAAUUGCAGUCACGAUCUUGGGAAUUGGGAUUCUACUCUUCAUAUACAUGCGGCGGAGACAUCUAUUAGACAUGUGGCGGAGAUGUAAAAGAAUUCGCUAUCAGGAAGUGAGAUCUUCGCUUGGUGACAUUCCUUUAGAAAAUGUUUCUGUUUCCUCUCCUUCUGGCAAAGAAGAUGAUAUUCAACCAGAAUCAUUGCCCCAAUCUGAAGUAACCUUGGAGGAUACGGCAUUGUCUGAUCUUGAAGUCUCUGUGUCAACACUGCGCAGGCGAGAAGGGAAGCAACAGAAGCUCCAAAGGUCCCAGUCGUGGGACUUGGAGGCUCGGGACAAAGCACGAGAAACAUCGCCAAGAAUGGCUGGGCACUCAUGGCCACAACCGAACCGCUCGGCUUGGACACAUUCUGAAAGAAACACAGAGUUUAACCACCUCUGAUGAGGGAAGAGGGUUAGUAAUUUCAGAUGGCCUCCUCCUUCUCCUUCAUAUUUGUAGCCAAGCCUUGGAAAGUGAAAUCUGCCACCUUCCCAUCCUUUUCUUUCCUCUUGAAAUGUUUAAGUUUCCAGGUUUUGCGGCUCACUGCUGAAGAGUAGGUGGAAGAGAGAGAGGGCAAAAGGUGGGAGAUGGGAGUAGGGCAAAUACGCACACCAGGUGCCUACAUAGGAAUGGAAGGCUGCCAAAAGGAACAGAAGGAGGCGUCAAAUGUCUAUGGAGAUCCUCAAUCAUCCAGGACACGGUUGUCCCAAAGGUGCUUUUUCAGGAGGCAAUUGGACUUCCUUGUUUCUCUCUGAAGACAUUUCGCUUCUCAUCCAAGAAGCUU